AUGUUGUUUUUUUUCAAUUCUUUUUUCAUUAAAAGUACUCACCAUACACGUUGCUCCCUCGGUUAUCAUUUCUUCCUGAUAAAACUGGCACCUAUUUCAUCGUCGUUGCCGUCGUCAUCAUUUUAUGCUGGCUCAUCUAUCAGUUUAAACAGUUCUCCAUGUUUAUGCUUGGCGACAACCAUUAACAUUAGCAUUGUCAGAUAUAUCACAACACUACUAAUGAGCAGCAUAAUAUGCAUGCAUAUCUAUAAUCUCCCAUCACUUUAA